AUGUCUGGUUUCCUUCCUCAUGUUGCAAAUAUAUUUGGUCACGUGACAAGUAUAUUUAUUUUGUGUCUAUUUUCGACUUUCGAGACUUUUCCUUGUGAGGUGUUGUCGUAUUUGUGAUAUUCAAUUCUCAAUCAAUCUUUUUUUAGCCCACGUCAACUGCGCCAAAAGGACGGACAAAAACGUGACGGUGUACGACCGAAGGCACGCUUGUCUUUUCUGUGGUGAGCUAUCGUCGAAAAUUGCAAGGCACAUAACCACGAAACAUAAAGAAGAGAAAGAGGUAGCUGUGGCCUUGCCAUUUCGCAAGAAAUCAAAAGAAAGAAAAAAGGAAUUGACAAGGCUACGGCUCAAGGGGGAUUAUCACCACAAUAUGAAUACGCUGGAAAUUGGCGAGGGUGAGUUGGUGGUAGUGAGACGACCUGGACAAGACGUGUGUUGCAAUGCUGAGGACUUCCUUCCUUGCGAGUUUUGUCUGGGUUUCAUGCGCAGACGAGAUCUGUGGAAGCACCAAUUAGCGUGCGAAUUCAAAUCAAAGACCCUUGCCGAGCACAGCGGCAAGAAACAGCAGGUUCAACGAAAGGCAAAAUCGUUGAUAGCGUCGGCAAUUACUGGGAGCAACAACGAGAGGUUGAAUAAAAUCAUUUCUGCGAUGAAAUACGAUUCUAUUUCGGACAUUGUCAAGAAAGACAAACUAAUAAAGGAUUUGGGAGGUUUGCUUAUCCAGAAGUGUGGACUUAAAAGUGGCGAUGUAUCACAGAAAAUGAGAGAGCUGGCUUGAUUAGUAGAAUGCCUCAUGAAAAUUGAAGAAAACAAGGAGGUUCAGUUGUACGACUACAUGAAGCCUGAAAAAUUUGACACGAUUGUCAAAGGUGUAAGAAAAGCCUCAUUGAUGGUGAAGAAGGUCAAUUGGAAGUUGGCAUACCAUCACUUGCGUUGAAGUUGGGGUACUCCUUGUCGAAAUGCGCUACAUGUACGGUUGCACAUGGGUUGCGUAUAAAAGACGAGUCAAUAAGAAAAGACGCAAAGAAUUUCAAGACAUUAAUGGAAUCAGAAUGGGAAUAUCGGGUGUCCCACCAUUCAUUAGCCACCCUACAUGAAUGGAGGUUCAAUAAAGUUAACGUGCCACCCCUGGCAGAAGAUAUUGCCAACCUUAGAUCCUUUGUGGAUAGAAGAAUUGGCGAGGAAUCCGAUAAUCUAAAGCGUAAAAGUCCAACAAAGAAAAGAUGGACCUUGCUGGCAAGGUUAUUGCUGGCGAGGGUGUUAAUGCUCAAUAAGAGGCGAAGCAUCCAAGCUGCUUUUGCAGGAAUACAAAGGAAGACCUGUCUGGAGUCAAUCAGCCAGCUCAGAAAUUCUGGCCAGUUUGAGUCCCUUGGAGCGACAGUUGUCUGA